AUUCGUGAGAGAGUACUAUUGACCCUCAUUAUUCUUUUCACACCUGCUGCAUGAUUUCCCCGAAGCAGCAGGAGGGUUUGCGGAAUGUCGCUGCAGAUUGCUGUAGCUCACACGGGCCAGCGCUUUGACGCUGAUCCCGUUGCAUUCGUAUCCGUCGAUGCGCUCAAGCACUGGAUCGCAAGAGCUACGGAUAUUGCGCCUGAGCUCCAGAUCUUACUGACGCCCGCCGGCAAGCAUGUCAAGCUCCAGGCGCUACUCACAGAGAAGGACAUCUUCGUAUACAGCCGCGAGCUCUCGAACGGAUCCCAGCGGACUAUUCCAUCCACACCGCUCCCAGAUGUCUUCACGCCUGAAGACCCACCGAAGUUCCUCGCGAACAAUACGGAUAUGGAAUCAUGGCGGUCGCUUUUUCAGGCUCGCCGCGACUGGGCCUUUGCCGUCCUCGAGAAAUCACACGCCAUGUCUGUCAUAGCCUCGAAGCACUUCUCCGAGCAGGCAACAAUCGAGAAGGGAACACAGGUCGCCGUGGGAAACCAUGAUUUGCACAUCAGGGGGUUGGAGCAGAAGUACCAGGCAGCAAAGGAGUGGUUUGACGGCGUGGAGAAAGAAGCCAGCGACAACCUGACGCGCCUGGACAUCGAUCUUGGCCAGCUGGGCUCGAUACCUGCGAAAGUCGAGUUCGCGCACUUCCUGUCCAAAGAGUUGCGCUCACCUCAGGCUGCGCAGGCAUCGCGCAAAGCUUCUCCAAACGGAAGUUCGACCCUGCAGGAGUUCCUCGAUGUCGAGGCUGUCAAGAAAGGCACAAGCACAAGCAAGCGCGUCAGAGAUGCAUUCGGCAAGCGCAUGGCUGGCAUGUAUACACAAUUGGACAAAAUUGGCGCCGACUACAACGAGUUGCUCAGCGCCGUGGGACAAAGUCAGAGUCGAUCACUUAUGGAUGACUCGGAGGAGCCUGUGCGCCUAUAUAACGAGAUCGAAGCGGUUGCGAAGAAGGUCGAGUCGGACUACGAACAUGUCAUGGGCCUCAUGAGCGACCCUAAGUCGGUGGCACAAGUGUCGAAGAUGGCCCUGUUGCAUACACGGAACUUUCUGCCCGCGAUAAGCGAGUACAGCGUCGAGAUGAGCGAUCUCGUGCGAAGGUCUGUGGAGCAGAAGAACACCGCUAUCAACCUUUCAGUGGAGAGCAUGCAGGGCAUCGCCAAUAUCGAAUCUGUUAUUUCAGCCCUGAACGCAGAACUCGAGUCGAUCAGCAUACCACAGGAAGGCGUCGCAGCGUUCGAGUUGAUCUCUCUCGUGGGUAGACUCCCUUAUAUAUACGGUACCCUCUUAAUCGAAGCGGUUCGAAGGCGAGAGUGGGCUGAAAGGAUCGAGAAGGACACAUCGUCGUUGGCUGAAGAGAUGGCUACAUUCCAGGAGGAGGAGGAACGCCGACGCAAGAGGUGGUUAAAACCUAUUGCAGAUGUCAUCAAUGCCGAAGCUGUCCAGGGUGGCGCACCGGGGUUUGAAAUGAAUGUUCAGCCUGAGAAGACCAUCUGGCCAGAGGUUGCUAGGGACGACCUCAAGCAGUAUCUUCAGAUCUUGCAAAGCCUAGAGGAGCAGAGUACUGAGGCUGAAGCUUUGGCUCAAGCCAUCAAGGACCUUGAUCGACCGACAAAGCAGCAGAUCAAGCGUGCAAAGAACUUCAAGAUGGGCAGCGUUCACGAGCCUGCAUUCGGCAAGGGUUCUCAGCUUAUGGUUCGAGGUGACGAUGAGCUGCGCGUGCUUAGAGAAGCAAACGCGAAGCUUGAUGACGAGCUCAAAGCAAACAAGAGUCGGGUACGUAGACUUGAAGACUUGCUACAUCGCUCGAACCAAAACAGUAGGCUCUCGAUAGGCGGAGCUGGAGCCCCUCCACCAGGUUUUCAGAGCCCGGGAGACCCAUCGACACCAACAUUCGAGACUGCUUCGCCGAAACCAUACGAAGAGCUGUCUCGGCGAUCCUCAAUCUCAUCGCGACGACUGUCGGCUCAGGGUGAUGUAGACAAGCGCCGCAUCAUUCGGCUCGAACAGCAGCUUGGUAUCGAGAAGGAAGCUCGCACCAAGCUGGACAAGGAGGCACAGGCUCACAAAGAUAUCGAGAUCGACCUGCGGCGGCAAGUUGAAGAAGCCACAUCUGCUAGAGAGGAAGCCGUAUCCACCAAGAAGAACAUUAUGGAAAACAUGAAGGCCCAGCAGAUUGAAUUUGGCGAUGAGCGACGAUCCCUUGAAGAGGAGAUUCAAGCCCACAAGGCCAAGAUCGAGGAGGCUGAAGACGAGCUAGAUCGCAUCCUCGGAAGUCGCGACAAUGCAAGGAGCGAGAUUGAUGCCAGGGUCCAUGAGUUGGCAUCUGAAUUUGAGAAGAUCCAAAACGAGGCUUCUGAGCAGAUCGCGCAGGCUACCGAACAGCUCUCGCAAGCAAACGAAAAGCUCACCAACUUACAAGCACAGCUAGACGACCAUCAAGCGGCGCAUGCUGACCAAUUCGAGUCCCUCAAGACAGUAUUCAGCCGUCUGGCACCUGGCACAGACACACCGACCGAUCACACGGCGUUGCUGGUACAGCUUGAGGAUCUGGCGAGUCGCUCCUUCAAUCACCAGAAGGAGCUCGAAGAGGCAAUUGCGAUGGCUCGGUCUGAGAACGAGAACACGCGCGACCAAGCCCAAGAGCAAGAGCAUACCCUCAACGCUCAGAUCAGCAAGCACGAGCAAAAUCUCGUAUCUGCUCGUGAACAGCUCGAGCUCGAGAAGGUAAAGGUAGCUUCGAUCAGCGCCGAGCUCGACGAAGAGCGUGGGCAUCUGCACGAUCUACGCGCGAAGUUUGCAGAAGGCGAGACUGGCUCCGAGGCCUUGCGCAAGCGGGUCGAGGAAGAGGAGGCAAAGGUUGGGCGCCUUCAAGUCGAACUGGCAGAACAGAAGUCGCACUCAAACAGCCUCGAUGUGGAGAUCAUGCGACUCGGCAAGAAGGUGCUCAAGUACGAGGAAUUCGAUUCAUUUCGGUCUCAACAGCGCCUGGGCCGUGCAAGAGAGCUUAGCCAGCGUCUCUACACAUCGCAUGAACGUCUUGUGCGCUUAUUGGAAGCUCUCGGUUUCAUCAUCACACAUGAGGAUGGCGGGAUGGUCCUCCAACGUGCCUCUAAAAUGAGCAACAGCUCUGUCAUGGGAGGUACUACCGGCGACCUCGGCCGCAGCACCACGACCCAGUCACCCACCCCACUCAAACGUUUCCUAGAGGAGAAUGGCGACCUCUCAUUCCUGCAGUGGGCCGAUUCUGCGAGUGUUAACGAGGAGGAUCAGCGCUACAAGGAGCUAAUUAGCAAGCUGGACCUUUUCAACAUGGAGACGUUCAGCGAAGCCAUUGCCAAGCGCAUGCGUGACAUGGAGCACACCGCCAGGAAGUGGCAGAAGGAAGCUCGCGCCUACCGAGAUAAGUCACACCGGUUCCAGGCCGACAGUCAUGAGAAGAUCGCGUAUCGUUCCUUCAAGGAGGGCGACCUGGCCUUGUUUCUGCCUACUCGCAACAACGCACACCGCCCAUGGGCAGCUUUCAAUGUUGGCGCACCGCAUUUCUUUCUUCGCGAGCAAGACUCACAUCGUCUUCGUGGUAAGGAAUGGCUUGUUGCUCGGAUCUCCAAGAUUGAAGAGCGUGUUGUAGAUCUCUCCAAGACCUUGGAUGGGCCUCGAGCUUCUCUUGACGGUCGGUCAAUUGCGUCCAGUAACGCUCUAUCGAUUGAGGACGACAACCCCUUCGAGCUCUCCGACGGUCUACGAUGGUACCUUCUCGACGCCACAGAGGAAAAGCCCAUGGCUCCAGGCACUCCAGGCCUCAAGAGUGCAACCACCGCAACCAGUAGUUUGGUAGUUGGUCAAGCAGACAUGCAACGUGCGAAGAAGAAGUCAUCAGCCGAUCCGGCCAUUCAGCUCGGGAAAUCACUCGACAGCCGUCGUAGUAGCGGUACUAGCAAGAAGAGCAUACCAGUUGUUGGCGGCCGACCAUCAGCUGAGCGGCUCAACUCUUCUGAAGCUGUCGAAUCUGGAGCGAACUCAAACGCAGCAACGCGAGGCGCCAGCCCAGUUGCAGCACGGGGUACGAGUGCGAGCCCGGCAGCAACACACGGUCCGAGCCACUUGCGCGAGACAUCGACCAACACUGCUGAUGCGGAGGAAGAGCAUAACGGUGUAAAUGAUAUACGCAUAGUUCGCCAACAACGGCCUGGCUAUGUCGCCAUGUCUGGCCCGUCGGAUAUAAUCAGCAAUGCCGCCGCGCUACGAUCACCGAACGCUUCAUCUAUUAAGCAACGGUUUGGGAGUCUGCCAGAUGCACGAGCGGGCAGUCUGGCAACGAGCCCUGUUAAGCAGUCAGUUGGGACGAGGAGAGGUAGCAUAUGGGACAGCUUCAUUCAGUACGAUAUUACAUAUCAGGGUGGGAAGAAGAAGUAAAUUCAUUCUAGAACAUUCUAUACCCAUCAUAGCUGCAUGCAUAGCUUUGAGCGUUGUUCCUUUGAAGCUAGAUCCAGUUGAGAAAUGUGACUACC